AUGCUGGUUGAUUACAGUUAUUUUGGUGAUGUUGUUUCUCUUGAUUCAACAUAUUGCACAAAUAGUUCGCACAGACCACUAGCAAUCAUCUCGGGAUUUAACCACCAUCGAGGAGCCGUAAUUUUUGGAGCUGCAUUAUUAUAUGACGAAACUGCUGAGUCAUACGAGUGGCUAUUUGAGACAUUUCUAGAAGCACAUAAGCAGAAAAUGCCUCAAACAGUUUUUACUGAUCAAGCCAAAUCAAUGGCAAAAGCAUUAGCCGAGGUUAUGCCUGAAGCUUACCAUGGUUUAUGUACGUGGCACUUGAUGCAAAAUGGAAUUAAACACUUAGGAAAUUUAAUGAAGGGGGAAUCUUAUUUUCUUAGUGACUUUAAGAAAUGCAUGUAUGGUUAUGAAGAUGUAGAACAAUUUGAAGAUGGUUGGACAUCCCUCCUUAUAAAGUAUGGUGUUCAGAAAAAUGAUUGGUUGCAAAGAAUGUACAAUAUAAAGGAGAAAUGGGCAUCUUGUUACAUGAAGAAGACUUUGACAUUAGGGAUGCGAAGCACUCAACUUAGUGAAAGUGUGAAUGCAGAUAUUAAAAAUUUUAUGAGUAAGAACUUGGAUUUAAUUAAAUUUUUUGAGCGUUUUGAAGAUGUUGUAGAAGAAAAGCGGUAUAAAGAAUUGAAGUGUGAAUUUGAAGCACGCCAAAAAAUUCCAAGACUGAAGAACUCAUAUUCUGAUAUUUUGCAACAAGUGUCCAAGCUUUAUACUCCUACUAUUUUCGACUUAUUCCAACGUGAGUAUGAGUUGUUUGAAGCAUGCUUUGUGAAAAGCAUGGACAUACAAACAUCAUCAUCUACUUAUGUUAUUGCCAAGAAAAGGAAUAUGGGAGAAUGGCAAGUGACCUUCGAUUUGGAAAAGAAUACAAUUUGUUGCUCUUGUCGUAAAUUUGAAAGCUUUGGCAUACUUUGUUGUCAUUGCUUAAAAGUCUUCAUUCAUAUGGACGUUACAUCAGUGCCUGAGCCUUAUAUUUUAAAGAGGUGGACAAAGAUAGCAAGAAGUAGAGCUUCACAAACUAUUGGUGUUAGUCAUGUGGUAGAAGACUUGGAUUUAUCUCCAGCACAAUGUUAUAAGGAAAUUUGUCCCCGCUUUAUUAGGAUAGUCACAGAAGGAUGUAGAAGUCCAGAAGCUGUUGAGUUUCUUAAGGAAGUUGCUGAUGAAUUGGACGAGCAAAUGCUAAAGUUUCAAAAUAUGCAAAUAAGUAGUGAACAAGUGAAUGGAACCUCUAACAAUAUUAAAGAGAUAUCAAUUACUAAUGAUUGUGCAACACAAGUAAAGGGGUUUAAGAACAACGAAGGUCCAAAGGGUUCAAAACGUUGGAAAGAAGAACAAAGGUAA